UGAAGGCACACAUUUCUAGUCCCUUUUUCUCUUGUCACCUCCAAAGUCCACUCUCUGAUCAUUACCUCCAUUAACGAAAUCACAAAAACAAUCCAACUAGUAUUCAAUUUCCGAUCCAAAAAAUGUCUCAAAACCUCAAUUCAAGCCCAACUUACGACAUCAUAAUCUUAGGCGCCUCAGGUUUUACUGGCAAGUAUGUCAUUAGAGAAGCUCUCAAAUUCCUCAACAUCCCCUCUUCACCCUUAAAGAACUUAGCCAUAGCAGGCCGUAACACUACCAAACUUUCCCAAGCUCUCCAAUGGGCUUCCAGCCCAAACCCACCACCCGAAAUCCCCAUCCUCAACGCUGACACCACCGACCCGUCUUCCUUACGUCACCUCGCUUCCCAAACUAAGAUAAUGCUCAACUGUGUCGGCCCGUUUCGUCUUUAUGGUGAGCCCGUUGUUGAGUCCUGUGUUGAUUCGGGUUGUGAUUACUUGGAUAUUUGUGGGGAACCUGAGUUUAUGGAGAGAAUGGGAGUUAAUUACCAUGAUAAGGCUGUUGAUAAGGGUUCUUUGGUAAUUUCUGCUUGUGGGUUUGAUUCUGUUCCAGCUGAAUUGGGGUUGAUGUUCAAUUCGAGACAGUGGGUUUCCCCGGCUGUUCCUAAUCGGGUUGAGGCAUACCUUAGUUUAGAAUCGGAUAAGAGAAUUGUGGGAAACUUCGCUACGUAUGAAUCAGCAGUGCUUGGUGUGGCAAAUGCGGAUAAAUUAAUGGAGCUAAGGCGGAGUAGACCAAAAAGGCCUCGUCCUGUGAUCCCUGGACCUCCUCCUCCUAAAGGUCCAUUGAUGGACCACCUAAAGGAAGUUGGUGUUUGGGCUGUGAAUUUACCAUCAGCAGAUGCCAGUGUAGUCCGAAGAACACUUUCAUGUUUGGUUGAAAAUCCUCAUGGUUUACCUGGUGUUAAUGAAAGUAGUGAACAAGUUGAGAAAAGGGAGGCAUUUUGGUCAAGCAUAAAGCCAGCUCACUUUGGUGUGAAGAUAGCUUCGAAAUCUGUUUUAGGAGUUGUUCGUUUCAUUACAGUUGGUGUGUUCAUUGGUCUCUUUGGUAAAACUGGUAUAGGGAGGUGGCUGCUCUUGAAAUUCCCAUCAUUGUUCAGUCUUGGAUGGUUCAGGAAAAAAGGCCCAACUGAAGAUGAAGUGGCAAGUGCUACCUUUAAGAUGUGGUUUGUUGGACACGGGUUUAGUGAUGUCAGUCUUGCAUCAGAAGGAAACAGGAAACCUGAUACGGAGAUAAUUACAAGAGUAAUGGGACCUGAGAUUGGUUAUUUGACAACUCCAAUCAUUCUAGUCCAGUGUGCCCUCAUUUUGCUCAAGGAACGAGACAAUCUUCCAAAGGGAGGUGUUUUCCCACCUGGCAUUGUGUUUGGCCCGACAGACCUCCAAGACAGGCUUCAACAGAAUGGAAUAUCUUUUGAUGUCAUUUCAAAGAAGACUGUCUAACUAAAUGGUAGUACAGUGCAGUUAUAGUUAAUAGGGAAAAAUACAAACUUCUGCCAAAGAGAGAAUGAAACUAAUUACUUUUGCUUUCAUUUCAUAUUUUCUUCCGACUGUUUUCUUAAGUUCUGACAUGCUUUCUGAAUGCUUAAGGUGUUUCCUCAA